AUGGGACUCAAAUUCAGCCACGAUCAUUCGAAUUCAGCUGUCCACGACAACGAUCAUCAUCAAGACUGUGAAGAUCAGAAGAUCAAGACGAAGAUCAGUGAAGAGACGUGUCAAAAUCGAUCGAGCAGUUUCACGAUUCCACUUCAUUAUCCAAAGUAUACGAAGAGUGAUUAUGAGAAAAUGCCAGAGUGGCAGUUGGAUCAGCUUCUGAGACAGUAUGGCUUGCCGGUCAUUGGAGACUCAAACGAGAAGAGAAAGUUUGCCAUCGGAGCUUUUCUCUGGUCCGCGGAGAACGAGCACUAG